CUGUUUUUUUUCUCUCUCGGACUCAUCAGCUGGAGCCCUUUUUUGUCAGCCUUGUUUGAUGUUCCGUUUGAUAUGAACGGCGAUCUGACGGCAGGAUAAAUCAAAUCAAACGCACUCGAAGCCCUGAAUGGAUGUUUUUUGGGAAGAAGAUGAAGUUUGCCAUGACUGAGGUGUGCAGGUCUGCUGAGGUCAGAGAUCAGGAGCCGCUGCGCUGAGGUCCGCCGUCCCAAUGAGCACCGCGGCCAACCCGCAGAAACGCACCACCUACCUCAUUUCCCUCACUCUGGUGAAGGUUGAGGCCGUGCCAGCCGAUGUAGCCGAGAACCAGACGGAGGCUCUUCCAGAGGGGGAAGGGUGCCCCGAGAAGCAGGAGGAGAAGGAGGAGCUUCGCGUCACCCCCGAAAAGGAGGAAGGACCUGUGUGUGUGGAGGUGGUGGGGAAGGAGAGCCCGCAAGCGGAGGAGGAAGUGGAACAGGUGCAGACCAAGUAUGGCAGCCCCGGUGAAAGCAGAGGGAAGCCUGAGAGGAGGGAGGCCUUCCAAAAAGACGCUCUACCGGGUGGAAAAAGCAAAGAUGCUUCUUUUGUGCAGGCGCCGAUUAGGCAAAUGGUCAAAGUGUACGGAGGGCCGACCUCCGAGGGGACUGUGCGCCGAGAGGGCCCUCGCUCGGAGGCCUCGCGGCCAAAGACGGAGCUCUACCGCGAGCCGCCGGUGCUCUUCCUGAAGGGCGAAAAUGGGGCCGAUUUGAACAGUCGCUCGCGGUGCAGCCUCCCGUUCUCCGUCCCACCGCAGAUGAGCCAGCGGCCCGAGGUCCUGAUGCGGUCCCACACGGGAGCCAACGCCGCGUGCUGGAGGGAGCUCCGGGAGGCCAGCGCCAGCCUGUACCACUCCGCCAAGACUCUGGACCGAAGGGACAACCGCAUCGGGGACCAGUCCCCGCUGAUGGCAGCUACAACUCUGGGGCCUUACAGAGCGUCCUGGGCCGACAGCGACGGCCGGGGCACGCUGAUCCGGCCCGGGCCUCCCAUGAGCGGAGGGUUUUCGGGCAUCAUGAACCGGGAGAGCCCUCAGGGCGAGAGGUUUAAGGCCGUCUCCGUUUCCUUACCCGCCCCUCCCGUCGCCGACGCGUCCAGGCCUCAGAGGAAAGGCACGAGUCGCACCCUGGACAACAGCGACCUGCACUGCCUCUCCGAGGACCUGAAGAAGGGGAAGGAGGGUCCGGGAGGGACCAUGCAGCGAGCUCCUCCCAGGGACCGCAAGAUGCUCAAGUUCAUCAGUGGAAUUUUUACCAAAAGUACACCUGUGCCCCCCAGCGUCAGCACGCCGCCCCACCUCUACCCGGCUAUGGAGCGGGGCUCCAGUGAGGAGGAAGCUGCGUGCACCAGCAGUCAGGAGUGGACCAUGAGCCAGCCGGUCCAGGAGCUUCACCUGGGCGUUCUGGGAGGUCUGUGCAGUGGAAAGUCCGCUCUGGUUCACAGACACCUGACGGGGAGUUACCUGCCACUGGAGAACGCAGAGGGACGGCAGUACAUCAAGGAGGUCCUGGUUGACGGGCAGAGCCACCUGCUGCUGAUCAGAGAGGAAACCGAACUCCCCGGAGCUCAGUUUGCGGCCUGGGUGGACGCCGUCAUUCUGGUCUUCAGCCUGGAGAAUGAGUCCAGCUUCCAAGAGGUUUACAAAAUCUACCACCAGCUCGCCAUCCACCGGCCCAUCACCGAGAUCCCCUUCGUCGUGGUCGGCACUCAGGAUAAGAUCAGCAGCACCAACCCCAGAGUAAUAGACGACGCCCGGGCCAGACAGCUCUGCUCGGACGUGCGGCGCUGCACUUACUAUGAGACCUGCGCAACGUACGGCCUCAAUGUCAACAGGGUCUUCACUGACGCUGCUCAGAAGAUCAUGGCAGCCAAGAAACAAGCUGCUCUUUUGGCCACCUGUAAAUCCCUCCCCAACUCCCCGAGCCACUCCGGCGGCUCCACGCCGGUGUCCGGCAUCUUUCCAGGACAGGCGAGUAACGGGGGUCAGAGCAGCGAUUACUCCUCAUCACUUCCCUCCACUCCCGUCAUCAGUCAUAAAGAGAUCGGCAGGACGGCGAGAGGGGAGAAGCAGGACAGUGGCACACCCGGGUCGGUCCGCAGUGUCCGGCGACGCACAUCGAGAUUUGCGGGCCGGAGAGGCAGCGACUCAAACCGAAGGAGUGCAGACUACAAGGGUGAUUUGGGCAGCGGACGCUCCAUCCCCAUUAAACAGGGCAUCUUGCUGAAGCGCAGCGGCAACUCGCUCAACAAAGAGUGGAAGAAGAAGUAUGUCACCCUGUCCAACGACGGCAUACUGUCCUACCACUCCAGCGUCAACGACUACAUGCUGAACGCGCCGGGGAAGGAGAUGGACCUGCUGCGAGUGACGGUGAAGGUGCCGGGGAAGCGGCCGCCUCGUGCCGUACCCGCCUGCGGACCUCCAGCGGGGCUCAACGGGCGGGCCAAAGACGCGCCAGGAUCCGAGGCUCCUAUGGGUGCGAGCGGCCUCCUGCAGGUGGAGGAGAUGGAGGGACUGGGCGGCGCGCUGUUCCUGAGGGGCGGCAGGGGGCCGCAGGGGCGUCCGUCAGCUCUCCCUAAUCACGCUCAGAGUGUGGACUCUGCAGUCGAAGGAGUGUCGAGCUCCUCCUCCACGAAAGACGUCGGCUCUUCCUCCCCAGUGACUGAUCGGAAGAAACAUCGCAGGAAGAAGAGCAUGAACCAGAAAGGAGACGCUGCCAUUGGCCAAGCAGACGCCAAGCGCAAAAUGUGGAAACUAAAGAGCUUUGGUAGCUUAAGAAACGUAAGCAAGACAGACGAGGAUAACUUUGACUUCCUGAUCGUGUCGAGCACCGGCCAGACGUGGCACUUUGAAGCCCAGAGCGUGGAGGAGAGGGACUCCUGGGUCCAGGCCAUCGAGAGCCAGAUCCUGGCCAGCCUGCAGCUGUGCGAGAGCAGCAAAAACAAGACGCGCAAGAACAGCCAGAGCGAGGCAGUCGCUCUGCAGGCCAUCCGGAACGCAAAGGGCAACAACUUCUGUGUCGACUGCGACGCGCCGAAUCCGACCUGGGCCAGUCUGAACCUGGGGGCGCUCAUCUGUAUCGAGUGUUCGGGCAUCCACAGGAACCUGGGGACCCACCUGUCGAGGGUGCGCUCCCUGGCCCUGGACGACCUGCCCCGGGAGCUCACCCUGGUCCUCAGCGCCAUCGGAAACCACAUGGUGAACAGUAUCUGGGAGGCGCGCACCAUGGGCCACCGCAAACCAGCGCCGGACGCCUCACGGGAGGAGCGGGAGUCGUGGAUACGGGCCAAGUACGAGCUGAAGCUGUUCGUGGCGCCGCUGCCUCCUCCCACCCCGAGCGAGGGUCCGGACCUCACUCUGUCCGGCCGCCUCCUGCUGGCGGUGAUGGAGCACAACCUCCCCAAGCUGCUGCUCCUUCUGGCCCACUGCACCAAGGAGGACAUCAACGCCCCCCUCAGCCUGGCGCUCUCCUCCAGGUCGCUGCUGGCGCUGCGGCUGCCCGCCUCCGCCCUGCACGCCGCCUGCCAGCAGGCCGACGUGGUGAUGACGCAGCUGCUCGUCUGGUACGGCUGUGACGUUCGGUACCGAGACGCUCACGGCCAGACGGCGCUGGCUCUGGCUCACGCCGCCGGCAGCCAGGAGUGCGUCGACAUCCUGCUUCAGCACGGCUGCCCCAACGAACUGCCCCCGCCCGUCGCCACCACGGUCGGCUUCGCGGCGGCCACGACGUCCGCUUUCCCCGCCGCCAUGGCGCCCAGUCUGACUGUCGCCACCACGCUCAAGAUCACGCACAAGAGCGGCGGCACCAGCUUGACUUACAGCACCUCCAGGAGGGCUGUGUCUUAAAUGAAACAUGGUGUUGUGUGUGUGAGUGUGUGUGAGCUUGUGGCUUUACCCUCAUACUGCCCUGGAUAGAGAAAACGUAGCGUCAGACUCAUAGAGCCAUAUUGGCUUUUGAAGGCGGGUGUGUGAGUUUGUCAAAAAAAAAAAAAUACUGAAAGUGAUUCAACCAAAACAUGAAGAGAAGAUUUUCUGUCUGCGCUUUUCACGCGAUGGUGAACGAUGAGACACGUGACAGCCGAAUGCCUCUG